UGUUUCAGGGGAAGUAUGCAACAUGGCAGAGCCGUGGAACAGACUAAACAUACCAUUUCCCUCUGCUGUUUCUAGUGUUCGAAUUCAGUACACCGCAACUACAGAUCUGCAUGUUAGAUCUGUCCUGGUGCACAAUGAGAAGGUGCUCAAGUUAAUUCGCAGUGAGAUCCUUCAAACGGAGAUCCGUGUGUUGUAUGAGCUGCUGUACGUCCUGAACAACAGCUGCAGAGGACACAGGACAUUCAGAGCCUUAAAGCAGGUUGAACAAUGCAUAAACAGAUUGAAGGACAUGAAGCUGGACGUGGCUCUGCAGGAUCUGUCUGAUCUGUGUCCCAGUGGAAUCCAAAGGUCGGUCAGUUUGAAGGUGUGUGAGGCCUCCGUUCCCAGUCAGCCCAUGUUGGAGUGGGUUUGUCUCCGAGUCCUUGGCGCUGCUCAGCUGUUGAACCGGACCAUGAGCCGCUGCAGCCGAGCCUUUGUUCUGUCCAAGCACCACUUUAAGUGGGAGGAGUUUAUCGUCUUGAACAUGGUGAUAACCAGCAUGCUCAGUCGACUGUGGGUGGUCUUCAGGGGCGUCCUGGUGAGUCUGUCCACUCUGUACCUGGAGCUCCUUCACCUCCGGGGGGUGGUGGCCCACGCCAGGCCCAUGCCCUUCCUCACCAGCUUCUCCCUGCCGGUGGAUCUGCUGGACUUCCUGGGUCCUGGUGGAUCUGUACUGAUCAAACGGAGCCUUCAGAGCAAAAAACCAGAAGAAAAGAAGAGGAGGAGGCAGAAAAAGGAGAAGCACCAACAGACCAGGAGAGUUCCAGAAGAUCUGGGGGUCUCUGUCCACAGAGGUCUAAUUAAGGACUCAGACAUGAAGCCUUUUCUCAACAUUUUCAGGAAAUUCACUGAGGGAAAGUCUAUUCCUCAUAAAGCCCAGAAGAAACAAACAUUUAAGGAACAAAUGAGAGGAGCCACCUCUUUCACAGACGCAGGAAUCCAUCUGGAAAAAAUGAUUCAGUGGUGCAGAUCCCAGAGGAUGGAGAGAGAAAAGCGCCUGUUAACCUUCCUGCGCCUGAAGUGUCAGAAGAUGAAAAGCCUGGAAGCAGCAGGUUACAGCGUUCACAGGAAACUACGCACCUUCAGACAGGAAGUGCACUCGGUGCUUUCUCCUCAGAAGUCGUCGCCGAAGACGUGUGGAUCUGUACGUUCAAAAAGGAGGAGCGCUCGUCUGAGGAGUCGGAUUCAGACGCUGAGGAGUGAGAUGAAGGCGACGACUGGAGGAAGAAGAAGACAGAGGAGGAGGAAGACGGAGGGCGAUGGGAGGAUCAGGACUAGAAACGAGGCGGAUCCUCAGAUCACCCACUGUGACAUAGAUGACAUAUUUGCAUCUGCAGGUUUAUGACGCAUCAGCAGGUGGAUGGAUGCAGGACCAGACACCUUUUUAUUUUCUAGUUUAUUUAUCACAGUUUUCACUUUUUACGGCAAAAAAAUGGAUAAGAAUCUGUUCCGUUUGUUUUGUUACCAAGGAGACUAACUCUCCUUUUUAAUAUCAGUGGGUUUUUUUUUUUUUAUCAUCAUGAAUUUAAUCCCUUAGGGGUGAUCAGAACCUCUGCUUCACCU